AGUUAUGGCUUCCGUCUGGAGACCGGUAAGAGGGGUUCAAAUUACGGAGAUUCAACCAAACCUUUUUAUCUUUGUGUUCUUCCAUCGUUCUGAUAUGCAAAGGGUGCUGGAUGAGGGUCCCUGGGCCUUCGAGAGUAGUACUCUGGUCUGCAAACAACUUCUACACGGCGAGAUUCCAGGUCAGUUAAUGUUAGAUUCAGUUGACAUGUGGGUUCAAUUGCACGAUCUUCCAUUUGGUUAUACAUCGGGGGCAGUUCUGGAACAGAUUGGUAACUUCAUCGGGACAUUUAUCAAAUUCGAUGAGCGUCAGAUAAGUGGUGUUUGGAAGGCUUUUUACAGGAUUCGGGUUUCAAUCUCUGUCGCUAAACCUUUAAAACGCCGUAUGAAGUUAAUAAAGCGGGAUAACACUUGGUGUUGGGUGAACUUUAAGUAUGAACGACUUCAUAUGUUCUGCUUCUACUGCGGCCUCCUUGGUCACUCAGAUAAAUUCUGCUUAGCAGCCAGGGAGUCGGAACUUAAUAUUGAUCAAUAUCCGUACGGGUCAUGGUUGCGAGCGGGGGUCAGAAGGGGACCUAGGGCUGUUGGGGAGAGGUGGUUGGUCCAAGAUCGUGGUCGGCCAGAGGAAUUAGAGGAGAGCAGCCAGACUGUCGAUGUUAAUGCUCAUGGGAAGGCUAAGGUGGGUGAAGGCCCGCCAGCGGCCAUGAGUACCUUGAGCUGGAACUGUCGUGGGUUGGGCAACCCACGUACAGUUCGUGAAAUAGUGGACAUGGUGUCCACUAAGAAGCCCAAUUUUGUUUUUUUGAUGGAGACGAAGGUGGGACGGGAGCAUGCAGAGAGGGUGCGAGUAAAACUUGGCUUUGAAGGUUUGUUCUACGUUGAUAGAGUUGGGUUGAGCGGCGGGCUAGCCUUUUUCUGGAGGAGAAAUAACACUGCUCGGUUGCAUAGCUUUUCUCGAAAUCACAUUGACAUUGGUGUUAAUCUUCCGGGACUACCCCCUUGGAGAUUGACGUGCUUCUAUGGUUAUCCGGAGCGGGUUAGACAUGUGGCUUCUUGGAACCUCUUGCGUGACUUGAGCUCGAGUUCUUCUCUUCCUUGGGUGGUCAUUGGCGACUUCAACGAUCUCCUUUUUCAGCAUGAGAAACGUGGCCCUUCUCCACACCCUGAUUGCUUACUUCAGGGUUUUGGAGAUGCACUGGAGAAUUGUGGCUUGGAACAAGUUCCUUUUGUGGGAUAUCCUUACACGUGGGAAAGAGGAAAAGGUACAGAUGCUUGGGUGGAGGAGAAGCUUGACAGAGCAGUGGCUAACGAGAGCUGGACCUGUGUUUUUGAGACAACUAAAGUGUACAAUUGUCUUGUCCGUUCGUCCGACCACUCAGCUCUCUUUCUUGAUAUUUUUGAUCGUGAAAGUCUAACUUUUAGUGGUCAACGUCGCUUUCGAUUCGAGAUGGCUUGGCUUCUUGAUGAAGGGUGUAGGGGAGUUGUUGAAGAAUCUUGGCGUGAAGGUCGUGGGCUGGGGUUGAUGUCUUGCCUUCAUAUGUGCGGUAAUAAGCUCAUGAAAUGGGGUGGGAGUACAUGCAUUAUCACGCAUGGGAGUAAACGCACUAUAUCCACCUUCUCCUAACUUGUUCACAGCAUUAGUGAAAUUACUCUGAUAAUAAAUAACAAAUACAAACUUUGUAAAAUCAUCUCUGGUCUAAUUUAGGAUAAGAAUGGUGAUUAAUAUUUUGAACUCCAAUUCACAUUAGUACGAAAAAAAUAAACUCACAUGAACCCUCUCUCUUUGUAAAAGAGUUUUAUGCUGUUCUAAAGUUCUCUGCUCCUUGCAUGUCUGGGUUGGGUUGUUCGUACCAAUGGAAUAACUCUGAUAACAAAAAACGCAUAUAUAAUUUGUAAAAAAAAUCUGAUAUACUUUAGUAUACAAAAUUGUGUUUAAGUACUGACAUACCUUUUCUUUUUCCUGUUGUACUAAACUGUUUCCUUUGGU